GUUCUCUUUGCUCCGGCAUCACAGAGCGCAACACCUGGUUAAGUGCAAACGCGUGGUCGAGGCCGGGGGCAGUCGCCGCCUCCUUCCGUCACCGCUCCGUCGGCUGACAUCCGUGUCAAUUUACGUGUCUUGUCAACGUUACAACGAUACAAACUUCGAAGUGAUUUGUUUUUGUGUAUGUUACUCGUAGCAUGUGUUUGAUAUCGCGCGAUGAUGCGGGAGUUUACGCCCACGACGACGGCGUCGAGACGCUGCUGCUGUUGCUGUGGUGAAGCACGGGAGGAUCCUAAGUAAACAAAGAAGUCGUGCGUGGUGUCCCCGUCGUCCGGAUGUUAGUGUAACCCCCGAAAAACCCCUCCCUCAGUGUCCAAGGUGUCGACUCCGUGUCCAAGCGUUAAACAGUUUCCCAACUUCCGGUCAUGUAGCAUGAAGAUGUCAAGUGCGGGUUUCCUAGUGCUAGUCCUCGUGCUGUUAGUGACUUGUUCGGAGGCGGAACCGGCGACCGAGUUCGCGGAGGCCUCCGACGGCGGCACGGCCUCGCUGCCAUGCAGCCUCGCCCCCUCGCACCCCCCGGACAAGGUGACCGUGGUGUUGUGGUACAGGGGCACCCAGGAGAGCCCCAUCUACAAGUACGACGUGCGCAGCCCCAGGCCGCAGCACUGGGCUGACGCCUCCCUCGAGAACAGAUACUUCCUGCGGAUACUCGACGCUGAGAGGGCCGUCAUGAGCAUCUCGCCCACGAAACUGAGUGACGAAGAGAUGUUCCAUUGUCGGGUCGAUUUUGUCAGCUCGCCGACCAGAAUCACUCAUGUCAAUUUGACGAUUGUAGUGCCACCGACUGGUGUCCAAGUGAAUGAUGACUUCACCAUGGUGAAAAAUGGCAUCACAACGGCCUACGCUGAAGGAGCCAGUUUAACGCUCACUUGCACCGCCACUGGUGGCAAGCCCUUGGCCAAAGUCUCUUGGUGGAGAGAAGGCGACCUUGUGACAAAUCACUCUCAGUACUUCCCCGACCGAAGAAAAUCGCAGAGUGUGCUGAAAAUUGACAAGCUCAUAAGGCCACACUUACUCGCCAUCUACAGUUGUGAAGUCAGCAAUAGCAGACUACAACCUCCUCUCGUAGUCAGAGUCGCCAUCGACAUGUACCUGAGACCCCUCGAGGUCACGUUACUCGGAAAUAAUCCCGAAUUUAGUGCAGGGAAGCGUUACAAUAUUACUUGCAGAUGCAGGGGAUCCAGGCCACCAGCUAUCAUCACUUGGUGGAAGGACGGUGUGUCCCUCGAAGGUGGCACGGUGACGGUAAGCGCCGACGGAAACACCACCACAAGCACCCUGUCCUUCACGCCCACCGCCGCCGACCACGGCCUCAUCCUCACCUGCAAAGCCUCCAACCAGAGAAUUCCGUUCAGCGAGCAGCAGCGCACUUGGAUGUUACGUGUCAACUACCCUCCGAAAGUGACACUAACACUAGGACACGGCCUGGACACCAGCGUGAUCAAAGAAGGCUCGGACGUGUACUUCGAAUGUCAUCUGACGGCGAACCCUUGGGUGCAUCGAGUCUGGUGGCUGAGGGACGGAAAUCGUCUGCUGAGCAAUUCGACGGCGGGAGUCAUCGUCAGCAACCAAACCCUGGUCCUUCAGAGCGUAAGUCGUGCCAGUUCUGGCCGUUACUGCUGCGAGGCAACGAACAAAGAGGGCACAUCCACCAGCCCGGCUUUUCACUUGCGAGUCAAAUUUCCACCGGUGUGCGGCGAGAGGGGCGGCCGAAAAGUGUUGGGGGCGGCCAAGGACGAACCUCUUAAAGUGGAAUGCAAGGUCGACGCCGAGCCGCCAGCGUCCUUUUUCCGGUGGAGUUUUAACAGCACUCCGGGGAUCUCGAGGGAACUGAGCGAGUUCACCACCGACCUCGGCACCAGCAUGUUGACGUACGUGCCGAGGGCGCCGGCGGACUACGGCACUCUGCAGUGCUGGGGCAGGAACGAGAUCGGCUCGCAAAGCGUUCCUUGCAGCUACCAUAUCGUCCCUGCAGGAAAACCCGACCCGCCGCACACGUGCACGGCCGCCAACGUCACGCACCAUUCCGUGCUGCUCACGUGCAAGAAAGGCUUCGAUGGAGGUUUGCGCCAGAAAUUUACGAUGGAGUUAAGCUCAGGCGAGGAAAUCGUUGCCAACAUGUCAUCAACGACGCCAGAUUUUAUCGUUACUAAUCUAGAAGCUGCUCAAGAUUAUUCGGCAAUCGUGUACUCGGAGAACUCCAAAGGCCGAUCCAAAAUACUGUCACCUUUAGCAUUUCGAACCCAGCCAGCUCCUGGUCUGAAGGAACAAAGGCGGUCUACAGGACCCACCGAGGGAGAGAAAAGUGGAACAGGACCAUGGCUUUAUAUUUUGUUAGCUGCUGGGUCUACUUUAAUUGUCGCCGGUGCCAUAGGAGCGAUUAUUGUCGUCGUCAAAAGGUUUAGGGUGGACAGUCCUGUGAGAGAGCGCCGUCCUCGCAGCCCUAAAAGGGAGGAAAGUCCAUUGAAUCCCCGUGUGCCGCCGCCCUACACGGACCCCAUCACAGACGACAACAACCCCGACCUGAUUCCCCCCACCAACGAAAGUCUGCUGGAUGCAUCGAUGGUUCCCUACACGAUAACGGCUCGACCAUCCAGCAAACGAAACUGCGCGACGCAGAUGCCAGUGAAGCCCUACCACGUAACAUGGGCUCCCAUACUGCAGUCGCGAAAUUGUGCCACUCAGACCCCACCCCCGCACAAAGAAAGUUCUGUCUAGUCUACCCCAACGACCCCAAUCAACAGUCUCGGCACCGGGACCAAUACCACCUGUGAUAUUUGUGAAUAUCUCAUAUUUUUAAGCAUUGACAUUAUCAAAACUAAAACUGUUAACGCUGUUAUUAUUUCAUUGUCAAU